AUGUUGUCACCGACGAGAAGUAUUUUAAGAGCGGUUGCAAAACAAUCAUCUCGCAAUCCGAUAGAGAUGAUUGUAUUUUGCCUAAUAAUUGCAUCAUUCGCUUAUGCUUCAUUAUUUCGUUCAUUAAUCGAGUCGGAAUAUUUUAAUGAACUAUCAUUUAAUAAUAACAAAGUUGAUUCAACCAAAGUGAUCGUACAACCAAAUUCAAAUGAUUUCGUUCUUUCAACCAGAAUUGAAUCAACGACACAAGCCUCAAAGGUUCAAUUAAAACAAAUCGUCAUUCCGAUUGAAAAUCCUGUAUCAAAUCAACAUAAAUUUAUUGAUAACAUACGAGAAUUUAAAGAAUUUAUCGAAAAAGAAAUAUUCAACACCGAAAUAAUUAAUAAAUUAUAUGAUAAUUAUCAUUUAUGUUUUAAACCAAUCGAAAAUGAUAUGAUUAAUUCGAAAUGUAUUGAAAUUAAUAAUAAUAUUUCAUUAGAACAGGUUUCAAUGCAAUAUUAUAAUCAUGAAUUAAAUUCUCAUCAUGUAAUUUUAACUUAUGCAUUGGAAGUUAACGAUCCUCACUCUAUUCAUCUCGCUAAUUCUUUGGAGGAUCAAAUUGCUAAAUUACAUUUUAGUCAAUUUGUAUCUACUAUUAAAAGACAAUCUACCCCUGCUGAGAAAGGUUCCUUUGCUUGGUUGGCCUUUGCUUUUGGUAGUUUGGUUUUAAAAAUUCAGGAGUUAAUCCAGAAAGCAGACACCAUUGAUAUUGUGGUUAUAUGCGCCGGUUGGUUAUUGAUGCAACUUACAUUCUUGACACUUUUCCUCAACAUGCAAAAAAUUGGUUCACGUUACAUUCUAGCAAUGUGUGUUAUGUCAAACGGAUUCUUCGCUUUCAUGUCGGCUUUAUUAACAAUAAAUGUAUUCGGCGUGACCAAUCAUCUUUCAAUUAUCAGCGAGGCAAUCCCAUUCUUAAUCAUAACAGUGGGAUUCGAAAAACCAUUUGCAUUAACAAAAGCUGUCUUCGCUACAUCACCAUCAAAGGAAUCUCCUCAAUCAAAUCAGGUUGAUAAAUCAGCCGAAUUUCCUUAUAACGUUAGAGAUUGCGUCAUUGCCGGUGUUGUACAAAAAGGGCCAUUGAUUGUACGCGAUUAUUUUAUUGAAAUUGGUGUAUUAUUCAUUGGAGCUCUAUCUGGUGUGGCUGGUUUGCAAGAAUUUUGUUUCUUGGCCGCUUUCAUCUUACUUUACGAUUGCGUAUUCCUUUUCACCUUUUAUACCGCCAUGUUGACCCUCAAACUUGAGUUGAAACGAAUUCGUAAAACUCAAUUAAAGCAAAGAUUGGUUGAGAGCGAUGAGCUAAUAAGUAGUCCCGCAAACAUUGGUCAAAAUAUUGUCGAAGCACUCUGUGAUACAACUGUUGAGACCGAAGAAACCAAAAAAUUUGACAAUCAAAUGAUUGCAAGAAUCAAACUUUUAAUUAUCGCUGGUUUUCUUAUAAUGCACGUGAUGAACUUUUGCACAACUUUACACACAAAUGAUCAAACGGAUCAAGCUCAACCUAAUCUACAAACACCCAAAGUUGAUAUACAUGAUCCUGAAAUUAUGCAAAAUUUAAAUAAUUUACUUAUACAACACCGUGCCGGAUCUGAAUCUCAUUUUCCGCUCAUCAUUGAUAUAACUCCACCAAUAAUCUUUCGCGUGGUUCAAGAUAGCGGUACCAAUCCGAUUCUGGUACAAGCUUUUUACAAAAGUUUUGAUUCAUUAUUAAAUCUAUGGUCAUUUUAUGUUCAAGAUCCUGUCCUUUCGAAAUGGAUUUCACUUGGUUUAAUAGUUUCCAUAUUCUUGAACGUGUAUCUCUUGAAUGCGCAUAAACAGCCAAAGGCCACUUUGGAGCGCGUGGGUAAGGAAUCGAUUAGUCUUACUGAAGAAAAUCAUGUUAAAAAAGUCGAAAUCGAAAAAGAAUUAAUCGCAGAGGUAGUAGAAACAGCAACAUCGAGUCCCGUAAAGGUUGUUCCAGAAAAAGUAUCCAAAAAUUUGAUCGGUUCCGAAAUUGAUUCAUCAACUAAAGGUGUUGAUAAAAAACUUCGAUCCGUUGAGCAAUGUAUUGAAAUACUUAAAUCAACCGCACUAGGCGCGGGUCCUUCGGAAUUAAUCGACGAAGAAAUUAUCCUCUUAGUUAACAACGGAAAGAUUGCUGCUUACGCGUUAGAGAAGGUUCUUCGAAACAUGGAAAGGGCCGUAAAAAUACGAAGGGCUUUGAUAUCACGUGCUACCAUCACAAAGACCUUGGAAACAUCAGCGUUACCAAUGGAAAAUUAUGAUUACGCAAAAGUUAUGGGAUCUUGUUGUGAGAACGUUAUUGGGUAUAUGCCAAUUCCGGUUGGUAUCGCGGGUCCUUUGGAAAUUGAUGGUGAAAUGAUUCAUAUCCCAAUGGCUACAACGGAAGGUUGUUUGGUCGCUUCUACGGCACGUGGUUGUAAAGCGAUUAAUGCUGGUGGGGGUGCAACUACAAUCAUCACGCAAGAUGGAAUGACACGUGGACCGUGCGUUGAAUUCCCAAAUAUCACAAGAGCGGGAGAGGCUAAAGCUUGGAUAGAUAACGAGGGAAAUUCCAUUAUAAAACAAACGUUUAAUUCAACAUCGAGAUUUGCGAGAUUACAAAAACUUAAAGCAACUUUAGCAGGGAAAUUACUCUUUAUAAGAUUUUCCACAACAACGGGAGAUGCAAUGGGAAUGAAUAUGAUAUCAAAAGGAUGUGAAAAAUCAUUGUCAGUUAUGUCGGAACAUUUUCCCGACAUGCAAAUUAUAUCAUUAUCGGGAAAUUAUUGUACAGAUAAAAAACCCGCAGCUAUUAAUUGGAUUGAAGGACGUGGUAAAUCUGUUGUAGCAGAGUCAAUUAUACCCGGUGAUGUCGUGCAAAAGGUACUCAAGACGAGCGUUGAAGCUCUCGUUGAACUAAACGUCUCCAAAAACUUGGUUGGAUCUGCUAUGGCUGGAUCUAUUGGUGGAUUUAAUGCUCAUGCUGCAAAUAUUUUAACCGCUAUAUAUAUUGCUACUGGUCAAGAUCCCGCUCAGAAUGUCGAAAGUUCAAAUUGUAUAACCCUAAUGAAAACUGUUAAUAAUGGACAAGAUUUACACUUAACAUGUACGAUGCCAUCAAUUGAGGUAGGAACGAUUGGAGGAGGAACAAUACUAGGAGCGCAAGGAUCGAUGUUAGAAAUGUUAGGAAUACGUGGAGCUCAUCCAACAACACCAGGAUUGAACGCACAAAAAUUAGCAAGAAUAAUUUGCGCUGCCGUCAUGGCAGGAGAAUUAAGUUUAUGUGCUGCAUUAGCCGCAGGUAGUUGA